AUGACAGACUCUUCCAUGGUAGAUCACAUGACCCGACUGAAACUCAAACUCCUGGAGAAGAAACUAGAAAACGAACGUGAGACCCUGGAGAAUGUUGAGUCACCCCUCUCCACAGCAAGGAGUAACGACGGACAUGAGGACGCACUGCAGAACGCGCUGAGACGAAGGAAAGACCUCCUGCAGAAGCUUAGGGAGCAGCACCUUUUGGAAGAAUUUUCACAGCCCUCUAUGUUGGCAGGAGGCCACAGAAAGAACUACAGACCUAAGCCAGUACCUGUUUACCUGCCUUCCCCUCUGGCACCUGCACCAGAACCACCAAGGAUCAUCCAGCAGACAAUGCCUCAGCAACCUGCAACCAUCAUCCAACAGUUACCUCAGCAGCCACCUCUCAUCACACAGAUCCCGCCUCCACAGCCCCUCCCGGUCCCCCGUUCUGGAAGCAUUAAGGAAGACAUGGUGGAGAUGAUGUUGAUGCAGAACGCUCAGAUGCACCAGAUCAUUAUGCAGAACAUGAUGCUGAAAGCUCUGCCACCGAUGGCGUUCUCACAGCCCAGUGGGACCGGGCCUCCCUUGCUGCAGCACACCCAGCAGGAUCCCCAGUUUGCUGCUCCAGUUGUUGUGAAAGCAGAAAAACCAAGGCCAUCCACAGUGCAUCAUCACCACCAUUACCCUUCCCCAGGAGUGCAGGCCAUUCCUUCUCAGCUGCCCCCAGGUGGCUACUCCAUGUGGCCCCCUGUGAUGCCAUCCAGCCUCAUGGGACAGACUGGAGGAUUCCCAUCCGCUGUGCAUCACAUGUCUGGCCCAACUAGCACCUUCCCUGCAAUGCACACUAACCGAUGGACUCCUCCACAGCCUGCCCCCGGGUUUGUAGACUCCUCAAGCCUGUAG